CCCCCUCCUCGCCUCCCCUUGGCGGGUGUGAGCCGAGCGGCCUCGCCUCACCGCCUAGCGCCCCCCUCAGCCGCCGCCGCCGCCGCCUCCGCCCGCCGGCCAUGUCCCCGGGCCGCCGCCGCCGCCGCACGAGCGCGGCGCCCCUGCGGCCCAGCGCGCAGUGAGCGCGGGGCCCUCUUGCCGUUCGCCCGCCCCUGGGCCCCCUUGUUCUCAGCGCCGCCGCCGCCGCCGCCGCCAUGUUGGGUUUAGAGCCGCAGCGGAGCCGCCGCCGCCGCCGCCGGUGAGGGAGGCCGAGAGCGGAGCCCGCCCCGCCCCGGGGCCCAGGGAGCGGGGCCGCCUCGGAGCCCGGCCUCUCCCCGCCCGUCCGCGGUGUGAGCGAGCGAGCGAGCGCCGGGCCGCGGCCGCGCCUUCCGCUCCCGGCCCGAGCGAGCCCGCCGCCCGUUUGUUCCCCUGCCGCCGGGCCCGGCCCGGCCCGAGCCUGCAGCAGAGCCCUCGAGAGUCAGCGCCAUGGCGGAGCAGACCUACUCGUGGGCCUAUUCCCUGGUGGAUUCCAGUCAAGUGUCUACUUUUCUGAUUUCCAUUCUACUUAUAGUCUAUGGUAGUUUCAGGUCCCUUAAUAUGGACUUUGAAAACCAAGAUAAGGAGAAAGACAGUAACAGUUCUUCUGGGUCUUUCAAUGGCAACAGCACCAAUAAUAGUAUCCAGACCAUUGACUCUACCCAGGCCCUGUUCCUUCCAAUUGGAGCAUCUGUCUCUCUCCUAGUAAUGUUCUUCUUCUUUGACUCAGUUCAAGUAGUUUUUACAAUAUGUACAGCAGUUCUUGCAACGAUAGCUUUUGCUUUUCUUCUUCUCCCGAUGUGCCAGUAUUUAACAAGGCCUUGUUCACCUCAGAACAAGAUUUCCUUUGGUUGCUGUGGACGUUUCACUGCUGCUGAGUUACUGUCAUUCUCUCUGUCUGUCAUGCUCGUCCUCAUCUGGGUUCUCACUGGCCAUUGGCUUCUCAUGGAUGCACUGGCCAUGGGUCUCUGUGUCGCCAUGAUCGCCUUCGUCCGCCUGCCCAGCCUCAAGGUCUCCUGCCUGCUUCUCUCAGGGCUUCUCAUCUACGAUGUCUUCUGGGUGUUUUUCUCCGCCUACAUCUUUAAUAGUAACGUCAUGGUGAAGGUGGCCACGCAGCCGGCUGACAAUCCCCUUGACGUCCUGUCCCGGAAGCUCCACCUGGGGCCCAACGUUGGACGCGACGUCCCGCGCCUGUCUCUGCCUGGAAAACUGGUCUUCCCCAGCUCCACAGGCAGCCACUUCUCUAUGUUGGGCAUUGGAGACAUCGUGAUGCCUGGACUCCUCUUGUGCUUCGUCCUGCGUUACGACAACUACAAGAAGCAAGCCAAUGGUGACUCCUGCGGUGCCUCCGGACCCGCCAACAUCUCCGGGCGCAUGCAGAAGGUUUCCUACUUUCACUGCACCCUCAUCGGAUACUUUGUAGGUCUGCUCACUGCGACUGUGGCGUCUCGAAUUCACCGAGCAGCCCAGCCUGCCCUUCUCUAUUUGGUGCCAUUUACCUUAUUGCCACUCCUCACGAUGGCCUAUUUAAAGGGUGACCUACGGCGAAUGUGGUCUGAGCCAUUCCACUCCAAGUCCAGCAGCUCCCGAUUCCUGGAAGUAUGAUGGAUCACAGCGGGCAACCAGAAUGGCCUCUCAGUCCUUCUCUGUCAACGUGUGGUUUGUUUCCUCUGAGAGCUGGCCUGGUACUCGGAGAUGCACCUGUGUAAGGACUGCCGUGUGCCCAGAUUUUGCAUUUUGGGGAGCGAGGUGCUGGAGCCUGUGUGGUUCCUUCUCUUCCUGCCGCCGGAGAGGUGGAGCCCCUCCUGGAGUGACAGGUCCUCCCCCACCCCCCAGCGCUCCUCCCUCCCCUGUUUUUAUGGAUCUGCACCAGACUGUUACCUGUGGGGGACGGAGAUGUGACUGUUGAAACUGACAACGGCAAGGAGUCGUUCUGUACCUUUGAACACUAAAAGGAUGAAAACCUCAGCAAACUGGUUUCUUCAGUGAACCCUCAAGAACUUUGGGACCAGUUUCCUAUGGGGGACUCAGUUUCAGAGAACUGAGACAGAAGCUCUUCUGUCGUUAUAUUCUUCUUUCCUUUUUUUGGAUUUAUUAAAUAUUUUCUGUGGUGUGAAGUGACUUAUUAAAUCCACAGACAUUGAGUGACUUCUUACAACAUACACAUAAGAAUUUGUUGUAAUGAGUUCAUGUCCACCCAGACGUCGUGUUGGCAGUGAACGAGGGCACGGUUUUUAUACGUACAUACACACCCACAUGCACAUAGAUAUAUAUGAAUAAACAGAAAUUAAAACCCGCUAAGCUCAUGCUGUGUAGCAGACAGGGGCUUGCUGUAAUUUCUAGCAUGUAGAGCAGUUCACGCUGGCUUCCUUGUAUACAGACAAGCGCUGCUGUCUCUCCCUCCACAACUGAACGUGCAGUUAAAAACCAGUAUAGUAUUUGUACUGAUAGACUCAUGGACUAUAGGGGACUCUCAUUUGGUUUUGAUCAGUGUAGCAAAUUAGGGAUGAAAAGUUACAGCUUUUUGACCCACUGUUUUGUUUUGUUUUGUUUUUUACAGGCCUCUUCCUCACAGGGUUUUCAGUAGUUUCUUCUUGAACCGAUGCAUGUAUUAUAGCAGCAGGUGUCUCUGCUUUCUGAUCAUAGUAAUGUACUACUUGUAAAUACAUUUUUCUAUUUUCUA